AUGUUAAAAGAUCUCUUAUUCAAAAUAACAUCUACAGUUGUUUCUUCUUUAUCAAAAUCACUUUUUGAAAUGGAAAUUAACUAUGAUUUAAGUGAAGUUUUUGAUAAUGAAAUAGCAGUUUUACCAAAAAAUGCUAUAAAAAAGUUAAACCCAAAAAAGUUUUGGGGUGUUGAGAGAGCAAUAAAUGAAAUGGGAAUAUUAUCAAUGAAUGCACAAGGUUUAAGAAGAGUUUUGACAAGUUAUCAAAAAAUAAUCGAUACAGAAGAGGAACAAACAUUAUAUGUAAUGUGGAAAAAAAAUCCAGAUAAUGAAAAACAUUCUAUUGUUGUUGGUAUAUUAAAAGUUGGUAGAAAGAAAUUAUAUCUUUUAGAUGAUAAACUUCAAAGAUAUGAAGUUACACCAUUGUGUAUAUUAGACUUUUAUGUUCAUAAUACACUUCAAAGAAAAGGAAAUGGUCAUAAAAUAUUUGAAGAAAUGUUAAAACAUGAAAAUGUAUCUCCUAUAGAUUUAGCUAUUGAUAAACCAUCUGAUUCACUUUUACAAUUUUUAAAAAAAUAUUAUAAUUUAGAGAAUCCAGUAUGGCAAUCAACAAAUUUUGUAGUUUAUAAAGAAUUUUUUGAAAAAAAUAAACCAUCUAGUAGUAAUAGUAAUAAUAAUAUAUAUGAAGGAAAAAGAAAAAUUUCUGAAAAAAUACCUAUAAAUCCAUCUAUAUCAGAAACUGCCUCACCUAGACAAAGAAACCAAAGAUAUCGUCAUUCUCAAGCUGGUGAAAUUAUUCAUGGUAGUAUUGAAGUACCACGUAAAGUUGAAAUGGAUCCUAAUACACCAUUAGGUAGAAAAAAUACAAGAGAUUUUUCACAUACACAAAUUUGGUAG